AUUCAAGAUGUCUCACAACUUCGACUUCAGUGCCGAAGUUCAUGAAGGUGACGGCGAUGAGGCCGCCCAGGCCGACGAUGCCUCUGUUGCCGAGGCUGCUGAUGAGGGUAAUCGCAGCACUGGCAGCACUCUCUGUGAGUGUUGCGAGCAGAGCCCCAAAGUAGCUAAGCAGCGGUUUGGUAAAGAGUGCAAAAAAGCCUUGGACAACGUGACGAAGCGUGAGAGCAGGAACUUCAAGGCCAGCCCCAAAGACGAAAAGGUUGCAAAAGACCACAAGUACUUUCAGGAAGUGAAGAAGAAAGGUGGUGGGCCUCUGCAUCGCAUCAUCAUGAACUAUCGUGCACAGUCGGACGAGUCGAAAGGCUCUGGGCACAGCAGGAACUCCCAUUUUGACCUGAGCAAGGAGCUGGAGGAGCUUCGUGUGUCUCAGUCCACCAUCAAUGGGGUGCAGCUUCUCUACAUGACACAUGAAAGGUGGAUGACCGUUGCCGCGGAGAAGCACUCCAAGACGGCGCGUGAGGCCCAGGACGACUGGGACAAAGCGUUGAAAGCGGUGCCCAAGCACAAGCGCCGUGGUUCCGGCAGGCAGCUGAAGCUGCCAAUGCCAGACGAGGAGUAUGUGAAGGGUGAGCAUGCCGCUACACACUCCAGGAUGCAUGUGUUCGCGUCCAAGGACAAGAAGAUCAAAGACCCGGACCUCAAAGAGAUUGGUGACAGCCUCGCAACAUCUGGCUUUGAACUGGGUGAUGACUUCUUCAAGAAUUCCGGGGCACUGGUCCAAAGCCAAUCCUCGCUUGCUGACAUGAAUAUCGUCAGCCCGAGCAAGGCUCAAGGGUCGAGCAGUGCUUUGCUGCAACAGUCUCUGGUCUCGGAGGAAAAGAAGCAGAAGGGUGACGAAAAGACAUCCAAGAAAACCAAGCGCUACGACCUGCUGGCUGCUAAAAACCGUUGCCGAGUCAAGAUCAACGAUGACUUUAAGAAGGUUCGGGAGCAGCUGACAGCCUUGACCAAGCAGGCUGAAGAGUUGCUGCAAGAACAUGCCGCCUCCAAGGACUAUGAAUGUUAUGUAGAUACAUUGAGGCAGCGAUUGAACUUGGUGAAGAGUGCCACUGCUAUCUACCUCGAGAAAGAUGUGGAGAGUGUUGAAGCGGCCACCGCAGCCGUGAAGGACGUGCUUGGAGAGGAGCCGCCGGAUGCUACCUUCAGCGUCGGCGUGACUUGCUGCCUGAAGUUUGCGAAUCUCAUCGACAAGGUUGAUGUGACACUCAAGGAUGACGAUGCAAAGGGCCAGGACACACAGCUGAAAGAGAGCAUCAGCCAUCUUGCAAAGGCCUUCAACAAGAGUGAUCUGCAGCCAGUGUUGAAAAGCUGGCUCGAGGGCGCUUCCAGUUCCGAGCCGUUGUCGAUGGUCCAGACGGAGGUAGCGACCAUGCAGGCAGCAUUUCGGAACUUCAUGUUGCAGCACUUGGCAAAUUACGUCUUGAGUUUGGCCAAAAGUAGAUUGGCCGUUAUGCCUCUGGAUGACAUUUCCAAAGUGCAGCCCCUCGCCGCCAGCAUGAAGUCGUUGCUCUCCGAGCUGGAGAAUGCUACUGACGAGGAUGCCAUCAAACGAUGGAUAGAGGCAGCCAAGAAUGCCAACGACGUGAUGAAGCAGCUUAUUGGUUGCUUGAGCCGUGCCGGUGGGGACCUGUCAAGAGCUGAGAAGUCUCGGAAGCGUAAGAUAGAGACUGACCAGAUCGCAGAAGCGAAGAAGGCAGCCAAAAAGAAGGAGCAGGCAAAAAAACAGCUGGAAGAGAGCCUCAAGAAAGUGCAAAAGGAUGAGAAGAACUUGAUCUUUUUCCAGGCGUUGCCCGUCUUCAGUGACAUCCCCAUCAUUGAUGAGUCCAACUUCGUUGCAGAAAUCAGCAAAGCCGGUGAGGGUCCAUACAUGGUGCGAGUUCCAAGCCUUGCAACCAUCAUUGAAGGCAACUCCCAGAAUAUCCUGUCGGUCUUUGCAGCACAGUUUCCCAUGGCACCAGCUGCUAGGGAAAAAGGUCGAGUGCAAAGCCCCUUGAAGGUCACGGGUGGCCAACUUCAAAAGAUCCAGGAAGGGUUUUGCAGCUUUCUUCGCAAAGCUGGUGUGAACAUGUGGCCCGAGCCCGAGUCCGAGCACAAGGAAGCCUCUGACUUGCGAAUGGUGCACCUCUAUGGCUUCCUCGGAAAUAUGGUCUAUGCCGAGUACAACAGCCUCGCUACCUUACGCUACACUCACCGAGGUGAGCGAGAGGUAAUCUUGAUGAACUUCUCUGAGUUUUGGAGCGUGCUGACCCCGGAACAGCAGCAACAUGAGCUCACCGGCGCGUACAAUGUGACACACUACGUGCAAGACUUGCUGCGACAUGCUUCCAGUGAAGACUUCUUCAUGAAGGAGAUCAUUCGCCUGGCCAGUGAGCAGGGCGGGGGCCAGAAGAAGUUCCUUCAUAAAGUUCAUGUGGGGCCCAAGUGCUUACUUUUCGUGCCGGCCGGAAUGUUAGUCAUUGAGCGAUGCAUGAAUGGAGGCAUCAAUGUAGGCAUGAGAAUGUCGUUGCAAGACCAUAGCGAUAUGGCCAUGCAGAACCUCAAAGGCGGCAUGAAGCAGGCCACAACCGGAGUCGUAGAUCGUGGAGUCUUCGGUGCUGAUCCAGCAGAGAUGCUAAGGUAUUGCGGCAGGGGCCGCAAUGUCGUGAGUCACUUCUCGCCCAGCAGAUUGAUCAUUCCCGCGAGGGCCAAGGAUUCGAGAGUCGAGACAUUGUCGAUUAUCAUAGGCUUGGCUCAAGUGGCUUGCAGCUGGGCCGCAGGAGGGCUGCAACGGGUGCAGCUCUUUGGUGGGUUUGUUGCAAUGACUGCAGGCUCUCCGGCAGGUCUCAGAAGGAUGAAGCGGCACAUAUCCGAUCAAGAUUGCGGGCCAAAUCUUGACGUUCCCUAUGGCCCCAACAGCUUGCGCGGCUUGUUUUCCUGGGCUGCCGAGGGUUAUGAAAGGUUGAGAACUCAGUUUGCAGAUGCCAAGGCCAUCAUGGAGCAGAAACUCCGGCGGGGAAUCAAAGUCUCCUCGCAUUACUCGGGAAAGGGCACAGGGGAGAGCUGUGCGAGUCAAAUUGAACGUGCGAUUAGGGAUGAUGUGAUGGCCCAGGGCUCUGCCAUUGCUCUUGACCUCAGGUCUUUGCCGCAGCAGCAGUUUCAGCAUGUUUUCUCAGUUGAUUGCUCAGAAGCAGCCCGCAAGGCGUUGCUUGCGACAGGUUGCAAGCAUGUCUUUGGCAAGAUCGAGGACAGGAUGAGACCUGAUCUGCAACGACAGCUGAGGAUGAUGGAACCGGCUGACACAGUGAGCUGUGCAGACAAGGAGCAGCAGCACAACGACAUCAAGCAGCUGUUAUUUGAGGCUCAUCCCCCGUCACACAGUGCAGACCAAACAGCUUGGUGUUAUCGUCACGAGAAGUGCUGCCCUAUCUGGGAUGGCAUGUUCGACGACGACAGGAUGGACUUUGAAGUCGACGAGCCCCACCCCGAGCCGUACCGCAUCAAUGUGUCAGGAUUUUCUUGCACUGACUUCAGCAAACGACGUGCUACGACAUUGCCCCGCUUUGCAGGAAAGACGGCCCCAACCUUUUGGAAAUGGCUCAGGGAAAUCCAGCUCUCUCGGCCACACUAUGUGUUUUGGGAGUGCUCUACGUUUUUCCCUGAGGAGGUCAUCGCGAACGAGAUGGAGAGCGAGUACAUGCAGAUUAUAAUCAUCACCAGUCCGACUCUCAUGGGGUGGCCGGUGACCAGAUUGCGUAAGUUUGGUUGCCUUAUCCGCAGAGACAUCCUCUUCCUCGGCAGUGACAAGGAGUUCCACGACGUCUUUCAGCGACAAUGCAGCGUGAAUGGUGACAUCUUCUUCACGGCCGCGCCGGAUGAGUACAUCGUCGACCAAAUGAUCAGUGAGAACCUGUUCCUUCCGGAGCUGCCUGCCAGCUUGCUCGCUGAUGUGAACUUCAGCGAUACAGAGUGCCAGUUUCUGGCUGGCAAUUGCUUCGCGAUGAAUGUAAUGGGAUCGUGGAUGAUGUAUGUGCUGGCAAGAACCAUUCCGCUGCCGAUGGCUUCCGCCUCUUCCGGUUUCAUGCUACGUGGUGACAAUGGGCAAAGGACCCAGAGCUUCGAAGACCUCGUCGACAGCCACGGCGACAGUGGCGACAGCGACGACGACAGCUGCAGUGGUGUCAGUGGUGUCUGA